AUGCCCUUCGGACAGAUCGAGAAGGUGAGACUGAAGGUUCCGGCCGUUGAGAGAGUGUACCCAGGCUUCCUUUUUACCGAGAACUUGAUCAAAACCCACCUCGUUGAUCCUGCCGAGAUGACCGAUGCCAGGAAGUCUGUGGAGUCCAAGAAGAUGUUCGAGGGUUCCAAGAGGCUCUUCCAGGCGGCGAUGAAGGGGAAGAAGCAGUGUCGGCAGUCAGAGGUGGUUCCUGAGCGGGCUGUGGAGGCUGAUGCCUUGGAGGAACAGACCUUGGCCGACCGGCAAAGGCAACUGAAUGCCAAACUGGUUUCCAGAAGGGCGCCUGACGAUGAAUUGGCACCCAGGCGUGGGCCGGGCGUCGAGGUUGCUUCCUCCAAGGCAUCCAAGAAAUGGCCAAUGAUGGUGGAUCUUGAUGCCGCAUCCACUACCAAGCACGCACGACACCCUAUUCUACCGAUGGCAGUCUUCGCAGCGGAAGAAGAAGAAGGGCCUACCGAGGCCAUUACCAUUGCCUGCCCGUUGAAGACGGUCCAGUUUUUGAAUCACAUGAUCCUGGGUUCGCAGAUGGAGUUGUCUGAGAUAGAGGAGCUACCAAAGAGGCUCCUUCGUGAGGAGGCAAGGCGUGCCUUCCAUCUGCAGGCCACGAGGGCCAUCACUGUUGCUGAGCGUGACAAGAGGAUGUAUGACGAUGGUCGAGCCAAAGUUGUCGAGGCUGGGAAAGCCCUCUAG